AUUUCUGUAGGAGACUUCGUCCUACGUCCAGCUGGUGUGUAGGCCUAAGAUAGACCUGGGCGAUAAGACUAGACGACUCGUGAUUUUCAAGCCCCGUUUAAAUUGUAAUUUUUAUUUUAAAAAUGUAAUUUUUUUUUUCAAUGAAUAGUUUUAAAAAUCUAUUUAAAGGCCAACUGGGUCUAUUUCUCUGGGGUUCAAUAAAUGUUUCGCUUCCUAUAAGCUGCAGUAGUAAGUAUCUUUUAAACUUUAUUGUUAGCCAGCGGCCAUCAGACAUUUUAAGUUUAAUAAGUAAAAAUGCGGUUUAACACAAAUUUUCAAAAUAUCUUACUUUAUUAUCUUUUUUAAAGUACGAAAUAUAAAUAGAAACCAGAAGAAGAAAAAUUCAUUCAAAAUGAAUCGUCAUUCUGAUUAACUUUAAUUUCAUGUUACCAUAAAUACAUAACCUGACAUUAAUCAUUAUAAAUUAUUAUAAAUAGCAACAAAAAUAUAUGUGCAUAAAGAUAUCAAAGAAUGUAUAAGUUUUAAGAUUCCCCAAAAAAAAAAAAAAAAAAAAUAUUAAUAAUAAUGGAAAUGGAAUGCUGACUACUGUCUUCUUGUAAUACAACUGUAAGGUUUUAAACAAAUUUUCGAACAUUGGUAUACUCUUACGACAAGCCUGAGUGCUACGAUGCUAAGGCCUUUUUAAAAUUGUAUUUAGCACUGCGUGUAAUAUGGAUGGUGUACGACCUGGUGAGGUGAGAGGGUGAGUUAAUUCCGCGUUUGUGUCAUUGGUCUCUGUCGUCAACUUGACUGUGUAAACGUGGAUUGGGUGACAUUCCAGGAAAUGAAAGAAAGUAUUUAGAUUGAGUCUAUACUUUUUUUUCAACGGAAACAUAUAUAACAUUGAGACUGUCUCAAUUGGCCUCACACAACUUACUGGAAUCGAGCUUAGAAACAAUUCAUUUGAUUUUGGAAUGUACCGGAGUUGAUAAAAGUGGACGUGAUCCAAUGUCAAGCGAGUCCGUUCUACACCUAUUUGGACGUACCCCAUGGCAUUUUCGAAAAAAAUCAUUUCAAGUUGUUGUCACUUGUCACUAUUGAAGUUUCCAAGCAAUGUGGCCUGUGGUUACUUGUAACUAUUGAAAUGACCAACCAUUGUAACCGGUGGUAACUUGCCACUAUUGAAGUUACCAACCAAUGUGACCAGUGGUCACUUGUAACUAUUGAAAUGACCAACCAUUGUAACCGGUGGAAACUUGCCACUAUUGAAGUUACCAACCAAUGUGACCAGUGGUCACUUGACACGAUUAAAAUGACCAACCAUUGUGACCGGUGGUUACCUGUGGCUAUUAAAGUGGCCAACAAAUGAAACAUACUACAAAAAAGAUUCAAGAAUGGGAUUGAAAAGUCCUUGUCAGCUUGUCCACAUUUUCUCAUAUUGAUUUUUAAAAAGAAAUACAACGCAGAUGCGUUACUCCGAAGUCGCCAUUUCUUGAUUUGAAGCGCAAACAGAAAAAAAAAACAAAAUAACAAGAAACAUUGGAAGCGCAAACUGCCAAAGAUAGUUUACCUCUUUUUUUUAACUUUAAAAAAAGUGUGUUUAUUUGUUGAAAUAUUUCAGAAAACAGAAUGUAUUUUCUUGUACUGUUUACUGCGCUUCUUGUGGGCACGCUCGCUCAGGUUAGUGUACCAGUCUAGUGUACAACAUUUUAUAUAAGUGUAUUAACAUUAGAUACGAAAAACAUCAGAAAUUGUUUUAACAUCAUUGAGUGACACUUAAAUGUAGAUAGCGUUCUGUUCAAUUUCUAAGUUUCAACAGGUAAAACUAGAUACCUACAUUAUUCAUUUUUUUAAUUGGAUGGGAUUUUUUUAGUUAAUUGAAAAUGAAAUUAGUUGUUAUUUAAUGGGGGAAAAAUCGAAAUAUUAAUAUCAAUUUAGUGAUGGAAAAAAUUUAAGUUGGGCUCACAUAUUAUAUUGCAAUUGAUCUUUACAUUUUUCACUAAAUACUUUUUCUUAAGGAUCCCAUUCUACCCAACAAUAAUUGGCUACAUUAUCUGGGGAAGAAAAAUGCUUUGCUUGACCCUCUGAUCGUAAGUAGAGAUGGAGAUUUACAACUAGUUAAUCCUUAAUUAAGGACUCAAAUAUGUUACCUCUCAAAGAGAUGUUACCAAAUGGGUUCAGCUGAACACCCCUGAGAUGGACACUACUCAACAAAUCAUGACGCUUAAAUCCAUAGACGCCCUGGGUCAUUAAAACAGCUUUUUACCGCGAACUCGACAAUUCGUCACGACUCUUUGUAAAUCAAUUAUUUUAAUGUAAAUGAGACAGCCAUAAGAACAGUGGGGGGGGGGGGAAUGUAUUCUUUAAAAGAAAAAAUCUCACAUCAAUCUGAAUGUUUCCUCAGACCCCCAUCUUACCCUUUGACCUGAGCAAGUUUGAGCUCCUGAGCAGGAGGAGCGCCGUUGACUGGUUGUUGGUGAGUCAUACGAUAAGCCGCAGCACGUUUCUGGUCUCACUGCGCACCACCGAAACCGUGACGGAUGGCUUGAAACGUCUCGUCAAUCUGGUGUCCGGCUUGGAGUGGCAAAUGAUUAGUUGUGUUCUGAAAGUAGCAGCUACUGAAUGCGUUCAUGACAAAAAAAAACGAUACGUGUAUUCGCUUGUUCUCGUUUUUAGGAAUACGCGUCAGGGGGGUGGGUUUUUUUUUUUUUUCUUUUUUUUUUUCAUAGAGGAGGGGUGUGAGGGGCGCUAAGAUGAGUUGAGAUUCAGUUGAUCAUGGGCUCCACAUGUCGCAUUUAAAGAAAGGCAUAAGAUAAAACUAAGAAGAAAGUCAUCUUGUGGCUCCAGAUAAUGUUUCUUCUUUAUCAAGCAUUUUCUUUAAUAAAUAAUGGGCCGAUUCAAAGAUCCUAUUAUCAUUACUCAAUCUCCUCCCGUGUAAAAUGGGGUGAUCUGAAUAAUAUUAAGUUAGUACAAUGUUUAGAGCAGCUACUGUAAUCCUCAGCCUGACAACGGAACACUUCUUCAAUGGAUUCAUUUGCUGGGCAGAAAAAGCGUCCUUCUUGAUCCCUUGAUUGUAAGUAAGAGAUUGACAACUUCUAUUUUAAGCUAUUCUGUCUGCACGGCACAAGAAUGUCAAAUCUAUUCUAUCCACAUGGCACAAGAAUAUCAAAUCUAUUCUAUCUACACGGCACAAGAAUAUCAAAUCUAUUCUAUCUACACACGGCACAAGAAUAUCAAAUCUAUUCUCUCUACACCGCACAAGAAUUUCAAAUAUAUUCUAUCUACACGACACAAGAAUAUCAAAUCUAUUCUAUCCACAUGGCACAAGAAAAUCAAAUCUAUUCUAUCUACACGGCACAAGAAUAUCAAAUAUAUUCUAUAUACACGGCACAAGAAUAACAAAUCUAUUCUAUCUACACGGCACAAGAAUAUCAAAUCUAUUCUAUCUACACGGCACAAGAAUAUCAAAUAUAUUCUAUCUACACGGCACAAGAAUAACAAAUCUAUUCUAUCUACACGGCACAAGAAUAUCAAAUCUAUUCUAUCUACACGGCACAAGAAUAUCAAAUCUAUUCUAUCUACACGGCACAAGAAUAACAAAUCUAUUCUAUCUACACGGCACAAGAAUAUCAAAUCUAUUCCAUCUACACGGCACAAGAAUAUCAAAUCUAUUCUAUCUACACGGCACAGGAAUAUCAAAUCUAUUCUAUCUACACGGCACAAGAAUAUCAAAUCUAUUCUAUCUACACGGCACAAGAAUAUCAAAUCUAUUCUAUUUACACGGCAAAAGUAUAUCAAAUCUAUUCUAUCUACACGGCACAAGAAUAUCGAAUCUAUUCUAUCCACACGGCACAAGAAUAUCAAAUCUAUUCUAUUUAGACGGCGCAAGAAUAUCAAAUCUAUUCUAUCCACACGGCACAAGAAUGUCACACAAUAUCCUUCGAAAAUAAUUUCUUUUAGGUUAUUUUUUAUCUUUCAAUGCAUUGAUUUACGUUUAACUUACGUACCCCCAAACGGUCCAAUUAACAUGAGUUCGUCCAACAAUCCUUACUCCCAAACUGUCCAAUUAACAUGAGUUCGUCCAACAAUCCUUACUCCCAUGAAUAUCACACAAGGUCCUUCGAAAUAUUUUUUUUUAAAAGUUAUCUUUAAUUUUUCAAUGCAAUGAUUAACGUUUAGAUUUAUUAAUACGUAACCCCCUCCACCCCCACCCCCAACAAACUAUGCAAUUAAGCUGAGCUCUUCCAUCAUUUCUUACCCCCAAACAAUGAAAUUAAGCUGAGUUCGUAAAACCUUUUUCAUUUUUAUGGCUGCUCUAAAUUCAAGUGCUAGAUGUAUAUAUCAGCUAACGGUGGAUUUUUUUCUUUCUUUCUUCCUGUUUAUCUGGAUACUAGAUUAACAUUGUUUCACGUCUUUUAUUUUUUUUAAUUUACUUUUAUCAGAACCAACUUCUACCCAUAAACCCCCAAUGGAUCAAUCUUCUGGGCAAGAGAGCUGCCAACUGCAUCGAGGAUCCAACUCUAUCCAUAAACCCUCAAUGGAUCAAUCUCCUGGGAAAGAGAUAUACCAGCUGCAUCGAGGAUCCACUUCUAUCCCUAAAUCCUCUAUGGAUCAAUCUUCUGGGCAAGAGAGCUGCCAGCUGGAGUGAUAUCGUCAAAGUAAGUAAACUAAACAGCCAUAGUGUUAAAAAGCUUGAGCCCUCUCGUGCCCACUUAAAUGGAUCAGUGUGGAUAUUUCACGCUCAGUGCUUAAGGAUAACAGCUAGAUGAGUUGUUUUUUUUUUUUUUUUUUUUUUUUUUUUUUUAACCUUGAAAGUAUCUGCAUAUUACCAAAAACAUUUAGUGAAAAGAUAUUUUUAAAAGAAUUCUCAUUGACUCUAGCCACAGGUUGCUUUAGAAAAGCCGAGUUUGUUUUGACGUCCGUAUGUUUAAAAAAUUGAACUGAAGUUUAAAUGAAGUAUAUUGUUAAUAGGAGGAAGAAAAAAAAUGGUAGGCGCGUCAGUAUGCUCCAGAUUGGCACCUGGUCACUUUUUUAAAACGAAAUGCACCGAGGCGUUGCCUAUCACUUAAAAUAAACUAAUCUUUUUUAAAUGUAUAAACUUAACUUUACUAUAAAAUGAAGUUUUAAAUGGAAAAUUAUUUCUUUCUUAUUUCGUAUCUUACAUUUUAAAAGAAAGGAACGAUUCCCUGCCCACCCCAAAACCCCCUCCCCCCACCCCCAACUCGUACUUUUAUUCCAUAGGCUGCCCUUUCAACCAUCGAUAACUUGAAGGAAAUUCCGUUUCCUAGCAAAAAAAGGAUUACUUCGUUAGACUCCUUGCUGGUGAGUACAACUUCAUGAAACACUUGGUAUUAAGCAUCCACAACGCAGUCAAAUUUAGAACAUAAUUUGAUAAAUUCAGAACUGUAACUUACCUGACCAGGGGUCACAAGAUUAAAGUAAAUACCAUUUAAAAACAAACAAACAAACUUCAAGCCUAUACGACAUAUGUAUUUGAAAUAAUAAAACAAAUUUCUAAGAGCCAUUCACCGGAGAAUUAAUGAUCAUAUCUUUACAAACAUCAACGGUUAACUUUGUCUAUGAUCAGCUGAUGCAUUAAAAAAAAAAUAUUUUUUUUUAAUUUAACAAUGAACUAAUUCAAAUGUAUGGCAUAUUCCUCAGGCGAACAUUGAUUGGAAUAAAUUACAGCCACUGUUAUCUAGCAAGAAGCGUGACAUCGUUUAUGAUCCCUUUUCAAUAUUCAACCCUUUAAUUUUAAGCAAGAAAGGAUUCGACCAACUCUCUAACCCGUUUCUUAUGAACCCAAGUCUGAUCGGACGAAAGAAGCGCCGUGAGGCCAUCGCCGCCCCGAAUCUUAACGAGGCCGCGUUACAAAACGGUAAAGGACUCCUGGGACAGCCAUUGGGCAAGAGGCAGAUAGACUCCAUCAUUAAACCUAUUGACACUGGGUUCCCUUGGUUGAAUACUGUCAGCCCUAAUUGGAUCCUCAGCAAGAAACGACGCCAGUCCAUCAUUGCCCCACUGGGGACAAGUAUCUGGGGCAAUGGAUUGCAUAACCCACUUACAGACGUGAUUGCAAGCAGGAGAAAUCUGGAGUCCAUCAUUGCGCCCACCGACUCGGGGAUCAUUCCUUUCAACCCUAAUCUGAUCCUUAGCAAGAAGCGCCGCCAGUCCAUCGUCAGUCCAACAUAUGUUUUGGGACAACCCACUGGCCAUUAUCCACUUAUAGAUCUGAUCCUUAGCAAGAAGCGCCGUCAGUCCAUCGUCAGUCCAAUAUACAUUUUGGGACAACCCACUUAUCAUUCACUUACAGAUGUUAUCGCUAGCAAGAGGACUACUGAGUCCAUUGCUCAACAAAGUGGCACUGUGUUCAAUGGGAUCAUCCCUUUUGACUAUAAUCUUAUCCUUAGCAAGAAACGUGAUGUCGUUUUUGAUCCUUUGAAUAUCAACCCAUUCAUCAUCAGCAAGAAACGUGAUGUCAUCUUCGAUCCUUCGAAUACCAACCCAUUCAUCAUCAGCAAAAAAAGGGAUUUUGUCUUCGACCCACUCCAUCCUAACGUCGUCAGCUAAACAUGCAAUGUAGAUCCACUGAUCUCAGAUCUCAUUCACCCCAUCAAAGACGAAUACUAUUUUUAUAAACUUCAGAAUUAUGACAAAUCUAAUUAUAAGUCCAAUUAAUAUUCCCAAAGUAAGUAGUAUAAUUAUUAUUUUUUUACUUGUAAUUCAUUUCAAGAUUUGUGGCUGAAUGGGAAUAAAUAAAGAAAAAUGUAUUCACAUGUUAAGAUAUAUAAAAAAACAACAACUCAGAAAUGUAUUAGGUAUUAAGUAUUCAAACUAUAGAAGUCCUCAAGUUUCACUUAGUGUGAACGCAAACAAAAUGUGGUUCAUCGUUUCCUUUGAGUAAGUCUCGAGCAUAAAAUAAAGAGCCGUUUGAUUGAUAUAUUUUUGUUUUUUGUUUUCAGUGUUCUCAUUGUUGUGUGUUUCCUAAAUAUCUUCUGAAAUUGUUUUCCAUUCAAUUCGUUUAGCGCAGUUGAGAACCUCGUUUGCUGGUGAUGUUUUCAUGAGACUUGCUGAGUAAUAUAAAGAAGUAAAAAAUUUGUAACAUUUAAACAAUGUAUUUAAUAUAUAUAUAUGUUACCGGCAAUGUGUGAAAUGCAGGCAUUGUAUAGAAUGCCUAGGCAUUAUAUAGAAUGCCUGGCGGUUUUAGGCAAAGUAUGAAAUAUUUUAUUUUCGUGAUUAAGUUACAUACUUUGCCUAGGCAUUUUAUACAUUGCCUAGGUAUUAUAUAUAAUGACAAAUAUAAUUCAGGCAAAGUUUCAAAAGAGCGUAAAGAAUUUUUUUUAUUGGAAAAACACAUUUGAAUACGAAAGAUAACAAUAAAACUGGAAAGCAAAGGUGUCAUUGAGCUACUUGUUGCAGCAAGUAAGGCUCGAGUGGCAUUUUGAAUUGCACUUAAUUUUAUUUUUCAAACAAAGACACUUUAUAUUUUGGCACCUGGUCUUGCACAUAUACGUCACGUAUCCUUGACCGCUUCCUGUUGACUGAGAGAUAGCUGCAGAUUGGAGAGGUAUUUAAUGGGCCGGGACGUCUUCAACCCUCAAUAAAUCUUUUGGACAUACAGUGAACUGUGAUAUCGAAUGCAAUUGUUUCAAGAUUCCGUGUGCAGUUCCAAGUCGGUAAAAGCCGUAUUCUGUCUCUGUCAUAACAACUGCCAACAGAUUGCGCGAGUCACACCGUCCCUUGUCAACGUCAGGAAUAGGAACUCGCACAGUGGCUCCUAAAGGUGCAGAAGGGAAUUUUUUUAUCAGAGUUUAUUUUCAUUUUUUUGGUCUGGAUUUCAAGAUUCGAUUUAGAUUCUUUUCUAGCAUCUAUAGCUCGCUUUAUCUUGAAACACAAGCUGCACAAAAUACCAACACCAUAACCUUCUAUUUCCUCGUCUCCAUCGUCUUUAGCAGCAUUCCCACAGAUCACAUGACAUUACGGGGACAGUUUCGGCAUGCAAGGGCACCGCCGCUUUCUUUUAAGCAGACACAACAAACACCCGAAGUGGAAGGCUCUUCGGUAACCAUGACGUCACAAUCAGUUUGGUUUCCUCCAUUACUGGUUGCAUUCUCUUCAGUAUUCUUUAUAGCAGGCUCUGUAUCUUGCAUCUGACGAUUGGCUUCCUCCUCCUGUGUUGUUUUUACGCUUUCUAUUAUUUUUUCGAGUUCUUUCUCAGUCUGUAUGUCUUGCAAAACGUCAGGGGGUAUGGAAGACGUUGCAAUGCCCACUUUAGCUUUGCAACCAAACAGAGCUUCAUAAGGCGUUCUCUUGAUCCCAGAAUGAAAGGCCAUGUUAUUCAUAAGGCAUUCUCUUGAUCCCAGAAUGAAAAGCCCUGUUCUUCAUAAGGCAUUCUCUUGAUCCCAGAAUGAAAGGCCCUGUUCUUCAUAAGACGUUCUCUUGAUCCUAGAAUGAAAGGCCCUGUUCUUCAUAAGUUGGAUGAAUCGUAAUCCCUCAGCCCAGUGGUCAGUUUUUUGUUACCUUGCAUCCAAGCACAUAGCAUGUUUUCGAUGUCUUGAUUAGCUCUUUCGACACUGCCCUGGCUUUGUGAGUGGCACGGUUUACCAUGGACGAUCUUCAACUUGGGCCAGUACUUCUUUAGGCUGUUCACCACAUUGUUGGUCAAUUCCCGGCCAUUAUCGGACUGUAGAAUUGAUGGAGCUCCAAGCAGCGUAAAUAUUUCCACUAGUGUGUAGGCUACCUCUUCGCCCUCUUGGAUGUUAAAGCCCUCAGAACCACAAACUUUGUGAGAUGAUCUUGGUACACCAUUAUACAUUUAUAUUCCCUGUCAGGAUGGGAUUGAAAAUCGAUAAGAUCGACCUGACCACGGGAGUUGAAUUCAGCAAAAAUCAUAGGCUUCACCACAACACCCUUUGUGACACCUUUUUGUUUCUUCUGGCACGGCUCACAAAGGUGGAGGUAAAGUUCAAUAUCAUUACGUGUAAUGCUCUUAUACUUGUGUGAAAGUUCUUUCAACAUUCUGUCCCUUCCUCCAUGUCCCACGGCCAAAUGAGCCUCGUGAAGUACGUCAAAUAAUUCUGAAUCCGUGACAUAGAACUGAAUAGCACUGUCGCCUUCUUUAACAGGAUAGAUCAACUUGCUUUUGUUCUCUACCGCCAUUAAAUCAGAGCGUUUCAGCAGCCAAUAGUCUCGUGGUUUCCUCCGAGUUGUCAUCCGAGCCAUUUUCACAUCAUCCACUAAUUUUUGGUAACUAGUUUCCGUUAGAGAAACGCAGUUUUUAGCAGUGUUGGCUCGUAAUUGAGAAAGUUCAUCGUAGAACCGCCGUUGCAUGUCAACAUACCGUGAUUCCUGAUCUGAAGCUACAAUCUGAUCUUCCAACAUCUCGGCAGCCAUCUUGAAACAAUAGGGGUAGCGUCUUUGGCGGGAGUACGAAGCAUGUGUGUCGUGAUCACAACGCCACCACCAAGCAACGAAUCCAACAUGAAUGGCGGGGUAUUCUAUACAUUGCCGGGUCGCUCUUAGGCAUUAUAUAGAAUGCCUAGGAAAUGUGUAAAAUAUAAACCAUUUCAUACGUUGCCUACAAUUUUCAGGCAUUCUAUAGAAUACCUAGGCAUUCUAUAAAAUGCCGGAUUUCACACAUUGCCGGUAACAUAUAUAUAUAUAUAUAUAUAUAUAUAUAUAUAUAUAUAUAUAUAAUAUAUAUAUGUCCGAGAGAGCAACAUUAGGUCACCGUCUGAAGCAACUAUUCCGUGCCCACUGUGUCAUAGAUUAUUCCGAGCAAGGAUCGGUCUAGCAAGCCACCUACGAGCUCACCGUAAUCCCAACCUCCCCCUAACCGGAUGACUCGAUGGUCCUAGUCGACUUCGACGGACGAACAACAUAUAUUUGUAUAUAUAUAAAGUAUUGAUGAAGUGGGUGGAAGAGAUGGUUUGCCCAUGUUGCCACUAAUUAACUAUAUAUUGAGUGCCAGCAUUUUUUUUGCUCCCCCCCCCAAACAAAAAAGGACUUUCCUUUUUGGGGAAGUAAGGGUGGCCGAGCGGUGCGAACUUAGUCAAUCCCAAGAUUGUCGCCUGGCGUUCAAUUCCCAGUAGAAAGCCUAGACAUGCCAAAAACAAAACCUGCAUCUCGGCUGGAUGGGACACUUUAACCUUAGUUGGGCACUCACCUAAGAGAGCGCAAACUCUGGAAUCAAACCCGAAGAUGGAGUCCCGUAGGUGCGACGACACGGACUCAUUGAAAAUUCUGACAGCUCCUGCGACGUAGAACGCAUGAAGAGCACAGUGAGACCCAAGAAUCGUUGCUGGUCAUCCAAUGCUUACAGGUCUAUUUCCAAUAAUAUAUUCCUUUAAAUAAAAAUCUGAUAUCUCACAAAUGACAGUUGUUUGGCUUUGGU